AUGCUUCGAUCACCACCUCAAGAGCUUUCCUACCAUCUCCAGGACAGUCGCGACUACCACGUCGAUCUCGACUUCCAAGCAAAGGUCAUUGACCAAAUCGCUUUUUCUGGAGUCUUACCGGCAUCUACAAAGCAACUAAGAUCCGGGACUGGCGCCGUGCAUCGAGUCACAGCCCAUCUACCCCAAGACCAAACCCCGCCAGCAGAGGCGACUGUCACAAUGGCCGAUGGACGUGCGUACCCAGGGCUGCAACAACUCGCGUCCGAGAUGCGAGGCCGUAUGGGAGGAAGUGUUACUGACUCCCCGGUUGCAGGCAACGAAGCUCGCGCGAUGCGCGUUCUAGAGGUCAUGAACGACUUCCGGACACUCCAACUUCAUAUCUCCUCUUUGAUCACACGGAACGAAGCCCACCCUCCGGAUCAGCCAUCUUAUUACCUUGAUGGAUACGUGGUGCUGCGACAAUGUGCCGCAGAGUCGCAGGCCAUUCUAGCGACGCACUUCAACCCUGGCAAUAUAGGUCUACAAGCCGGGCAGGUGGAUGAGUCCGAGGUCACCAAGGCUACCUUACAAAGAAUCAUUCUAGAUGCAUGUACGAGAAGGCUGCAAGCCCACAAAAUCUACCUACGAGCAUCUGCGGCCAUGAGAUGGGUGCAGAUGCGAAUUCAAUUGUUGCGAGGGGAGAAGCCAAGCCAAAGACAUGUCAAUGCCCUGCGAGCAAUUGAUCAAAGACUACACCAGGAACUCAGCGAUAUCACCGACGACCAUGUUGUCAGUGACUUGCGCAAUGCUGAUCGACGCAAGGGCUACUGGCUUGAUGAGGAUCCUGCUUUGGAGCGUAUGCUUGCAUGGAUUCGGAUGCAGAGAUGA